CACGGGUUGGACUCAAGCAGGACAAGCUAGGUUGAGUAUAUCAACUAAAAACAGUAGCACCCGUCUGGAAAAGAGGGACAUUGGUAGUGAAUGAAAUAAUAAGGUACCCCGUUGCGGAAGACUGAAAACAGCCUGACAGCAAGCUACCUGACAAAAUGUGGUGGAGCGGGGGAUCGUGUCCCCAGUGCAUAUUGCUGGUGAGUUUGUUCGUAUGGACGGACGCAGUGCCUAUCAGUGUCGACAAGACGAAAGUCACCAUUCCUGAGGAGAAGGUCCAGGAAACUCCCCAGAGCGUGGACACCGGGCUGCACUAUGACCGCUACCUCAGGGAAGUCAUCGAUUUUCUGGAAAAAGACGAGCAUUUCAGAGAAAAGCUCCGCAACACGGACAUGGAAGACAUAAAGCAAGGGAAACUGGCCAAAGAGCUGGACUUUGUCAGCCAUCACGUGAGGACCAAGCUGGACGAGCUGAAGAGGCAGGAGGUGAGCAGGCUGAGGACGCUCAUCAAAGCCAAGCAGGACCUGGAAGGAGGGAAUGGUGCAGGCAUGGCAAUGGACCACCAGGCCCUCCUCAAGCAGUUUGAGUACCUCAAUCACAUGAACCCUCACACCUUUGAGGUGGAAGACCUGGACAAACUCAUUAAAUCGGCGACCAGCGACCUGGAGAACUACGACAAGGAGCGGCACGAGGAGUUCAAGCGCUACGAGAUGAUGAAGGAGCACGAGAGGCGGGAGCACCUGAAGACUCUGGACGAUGAGGGGAGGAAGAAGGAGGAGGAGCACUACGAGGAGCUGAAGAAGAAGCACGCCGACCACCCCAAAAUCAACCACCCGGGCAGUCAGGACCAGCUGAAGGAGGUGUGGGAGGAGGCCGACGGCAUGGACCCCGAAGACUUCGACCCGAAGACCUUCUUCAACCUGCACGACACUAACGGUGACGGCUUCUUCGACGAGCAGGAGCUGGAGGCGCUGUUCACCAAGGAGCUGGAGAAGAUCUACGACCCCACCAAAGAGGAAGACGACAUGGUGGAGAUGGAGGAGGAGAGACUGCGGAUGCGGGAGCACGUCAUGAACGAGGUGGACACCAAUAAGGACAGGCUGGUCUCCAUGGAUGAGUUCCUCGUGGCCACAAAGAAGAAAGAAUUUCUGGAGCCAGAGAGCUGGGAGACGCUGGAGCAGAACCAGGCCUACACGGAGGAGGAGAUGAGGGAGUUCGAGGAGCACCUCGCCCGGGAGGAGCAGGACCUGAUGCACAAGUCGGAGGAGCUGCGGAAGCAGAAGGAGGAGCUGGAGAGACAGCAGGAGCAGCUCAACGCACAGAAGCAGGAGCUCCAGCAGGCUGUGGAGCACAUGGAGAAAUUAAAAACCCAGAGAGUAGAACCUCCUCCAGAGAUCAAAGUUCUGGACUCGGACGGAGGAAACGCGAUCCCACCGGUCCCCGAGAACAGCCAGCCCCUGCCGCCCGGCCACCUGCAGGACACGCCUCACUCGUAGCCAACGAGAGUGCGCGUGCCCGCAGAACCACACCCCCAUGAAAACAACCAGCAGACCAAUCAGAAGAGCGAAUUUAAUUGUGCCCCGCCUCCAGUCACAGCCUGUCGAUUUCAUGCUCGUCAGUGGAAAAGUUCGGAGACACCAGCUGAUCACUGGGAACAGAGAGGUGCACUGAACCAGUGGGUUUUUAUCUCCUGUUUGCACUGGUUUAUUUUAGAAAAAUAAAAAAAAAACCUCAGUAUUCGCAGCACAUCACUGUCAGAUGCUGGACUCCUGAUUUAUUUAGUUU